UUGUGAUAACACCUGAUAAGAUGUUUCUUACGGCUUUGUUAGCGGCGGCGCUGGUGGGCGGAGCGGUGCCUCUCCCCUCAGACCUUUACAAAACACCACAGCAUCAACAAGUCUACGAGGAGGCAACAUCGCCAAAGGAUCAACAAACCUACGAGGAGACAGCAUCGCCAAGGUAUCAGCAGAUCUACGAGGAGGAGGCAACGCUGCCGAAUCAUCAACAAAUCUACGAAGAAGCAGCAUCGCCAAGGUAUCAACAAAUCUACCAGGAGGCAGCGUCGCCAAAGUUACAGCAGAUUUACGAGCAGGCAAGCGAACCGAAGCAUCAGAUUUACAAGGAGGAGCCCGUUCCCUACAACUACGCCUACGGUGUUCGGGACGACUACGCUGGCACUGACUUCGGCCACAAUGAGAUCUCGGAUGGCGCAACGGUCACAGGAUCUUACACAGUCCAGCUUCCUGAUGGGCGCAAGCAGACGGUGUCCUACGUGGCUGACCACUACAACGGCUACCAGGCAAAGGUCACCUACGAGGGGGAGGCCCAGUACCCCCACGAGUACGGCCCCCCCAUCACCUUCCCGCCCCAACCAUACAGUCCUGCGCCCACGUACAAGCCCCAACCUGCAUACAAACCCCUGCGCUCUUAUCAAUAGAUUAUGAAUACCAUAUAUGGUUUGAAUUAUCAAGUAUUUAUUGUUAAUUGUUAGAAUUAUUAUUUGUUAUUGUUAAACUCUCAAUGAAUUCUCAAGUAUUUAUUGUUAACUGUUAUUGUUAUUAUUUGUAUUGUUAAGCUCUCAAUGUAUUUUCGCUAAACAAAAGCACCAUUUG